GUGGCGUAGUGUAUCAGUUUUUGUAUUAUUGUGUUGUUGGUCGUUGUUCUAUAUUAACUUGACACAUCUACAUUAUUUACCCGUUUACUUUUUUUGAAAUAUAUUGUUAAAAAAAGGAGAAUCUUUUGUGGGUAUUCUUUUUCCAAAAUGGGGAGAAAAAAAAGAAAGCCUUCAAAGCCAUGGUGUUGGUAUUGCAAUCGAGAAUUUGAUGAUGAAAAGAUUUUAAUACAGCAUCAAAAAGCAAAGCAUUUCAAAUGUCAUAUUUGUCACAAGAAACUCUAUACUGGUCCUGGCCUAGCCAUUCAUUGCAUGCAGGUCCACAAAGAGACACUUGAAAAAGUUCCCAAUGCUUUACCAAAUCGAAAUAAUAUUGACAUUGAAAUCUAUGGUAUGGAAGGCAUUCCCGAAUUAGAUGUGAGAGAGCAUGAACGACAAAAACAAGGUGGUUCAAGAGAUCCGGACAGUGAUGAUGAAAUUGGAAAUAAAUCUGACAACAGUAAUCAAGGUAUGCCAAACAUGCCAGGUAUGCCACCAAUGCCUGGAAUGAUGCCUGGUAUGCCUCCAAUGCCAGGCAUGAUGCCGGGAAUGCCUGGGGUAGGUUUUGGCCCUCCUAUGGGUGCUGUUCCACCAAUGAGACAUAUGCCUCCUAUGAGACUUGUAAUGCCUCCAGGAUUUGUUCCAGGUGGACUACCAAUGGUUGGUGGUAUGCCUCAUGGACCAAUGGUUCCGCCGUCUACGAUGGCUAAUACAGUGCAAGCACCUCCAAGGCCUUUGUUUCCUGCUGCUGUAGCUCAGGCUGCAUCAUCUUCACAACUUCCUGUAGGAGCAGAUUUUAAACCUCUGAUGUCUGCUGCCAAGCCAACUUUUCCUGCAUAUAGUGGUAGUUCUAGCUCAUCAGGCCAAUCAUCCCAAACUCGUGGAUCUGGACCAAUUUUAUACAGUGCAGAAGCAUCUUCAAGUCCUCAAACAAACCCUGAUGCACCUAAAUCUGGCAUUGUCGCUAAUAGUGGUAUGAGUAAAAUAAUGCAUCCUGAAGAAGAUAUAUCUAUGGAAGAAAUACGAGCUCAAUUACCAAGAUAUCAAAUGCAACUCUCAAUGUCCGGUGUACCUAUGAUGGGUGGUAAAGUAAUGCAAAUGCCUCCUGCGUCAAAUCCUGUGUUAAUGAAUGGAAUGAAUAUGAUGCGACCAAGCAUGGGUAUGCCAUCUGGAAUGCCUGUGCAAGUAUGCCGAGAAUGAAUGCUCCCUACACAGGGCAAGCAGUUUAUUCUCAAGGACCGUCCCUGCUUCCUCACAUGAUGGGUCAAGGUGGAUCACAUCCAUUUUGAUUCCUACAGCUAUCUACUAAAAGAUAAGUGUCUCGAAUGUUUCAUUGAAGGGAGAAAACAUGCACAGCUGAUAUAUUGUGACUUUUAAACAGUAGUUGUCCUCAUGUACUGCAUAAUUUAUUUUCUUUUAAACUGAAUUAUAAAAUUACAUAAGAGCAUGUUUUGUGUUAUUUAAUUCUUUCAUUUUUCUAUAUCAUUAUUGUUGUAAAAGAAACAUACUUCAGUGUCUUUCUGUUGAUUAAAAAUUUUAUUUACAUGCUUUAUAUUGGCUGUAAACAAAAAUGCCUUCUUCAGUGGUGUUUUAAAAGCUCAAUUUUAUAAGUGCAUUUUAUUGAAGCUUUCUGAAACGGUGAAUUGUAAUUCUGAUUAUAGAGUUUUGCAGUAAAUCCAGUUAAAACACAAUUUUCCUUUUUUUUAAAAAAAAAUUAUUACAUACUUGCCAACUCUGCUGUUUUUAACGGGAGACUCCCAUUUUUUGUUUCCAUUUCCCGUUUUUACUCCCGUCUUUGCAGUUUUUUUUAGUCAAUUAUCAAAAUGUUUCACUUUCUUCUCAAUAGAUGGUGCCCUUUUCUAGUCUACCAAUGUCAGGGAAUAAGAAUUUUUCAACUAAUAGCUUAUUUAGCAAAAAACCAACAUAAAUAAAGCACAAAUUUUGAAGAAAAUUUUUUUCUUCAAAAUUUGCUUUAUUUUCGUUGGUUUUUCACUUUAAUCAUAUUCUAGCACAAAGCUUAUAUGAUAAUUUUUCAUUCAAUUACUCAUUUAGUAAAAAUCAAUAUUUUUGGAAGCUUUUCACAUUGCAUGUUCAACCAAGCACGUGCUUUGCCAAAAAUUGCAGCAGAUUUCAAUCCUUUUACAUCUUGAAAAUAUUUCAGUUAUUUUGAAAGUUUGAAGUUAUUUCAACAUGUGCUACCCUAUACCUACUUAUUUUAUAUUUUAUUUUCAUUAUAUUUGGAUUUUUUUUCCCCGGUGUUUAGUAAUUAAAUUUUUGUAGCUCCUUUUUUGUAGAGACUGGGGAAUGUACGAACUUUAAGCAAAUUCAUUCCUUGUUAUUUGGCUUUUCCUUUGCAGUAUAUUUUUCUUGCUGCUACCAAUUUGCUUACAUCUGCAAAAAAUCCCCAUUUCACUUUAAAUUUAGUAAUUACGCUAUUUAAAAGCAUAAUUUAAUAAUUCUGUUGUGAAGAUAUGUUACUGGUGAAUCAGCUAUAUACCUCUAGUGCAAUCUCCUGUUUUUUUUUCCUUCGAAGUUUGGCAAGUAUGUUAUUAUUUUACAUUUUCUUGUUUCAUCAGUUUUUCCUUUGGUUUUUAAAAACAAUUCGUAGAUACUUCUGAAAAGAAUUUAAAAGUAUUUGUUACUUUUUUUUUCCCCCUUAAAUGCUCUGAUUUCUUAAACAAUUGCAUAUGAAUACCUAUUUUAUUUUUUAUACUUAAAUUUUUGCUCAUGCAACAUAAAAUGCAUUUAAUUUUUUUAAAAACUUUUUUUUAAUUGUUUAAUUCAUUAUGAACUUUUUUUUAGUGAAUAGUUCUUAAUUUUUAACAGGAUGUGAAACAAAAUUGAGCUUUUGAACUAAAUUAAAAGCAGAAUUUUUGAAAUCAAUAUUAUUUUCAAAUCUAGUAAAUAUUUUACUAUUUUUGACAUACUGUUCCCUGUUCAGUAAAACCUAUGAAGAGAUUUUAUAUUCAGGCUAAUUGUCUCAGUUCCAAGCUGAAGUAUUGUUUUGUAUCUUUCAAUCAGCCAAACAUGUAUAAUAUAUUGUAUCAUCAUAUAGAACAUUGAGGUAAUAAAUAUAAAGGAGAAAAUUAAUUCCAGUGACACUGAACUCAUAACUGCAGUUUUUACUGAAGAGUCCAGACUCAUUUGAAAACUUUUCUUUUAUUAUUCAUAAACACAUAUUGAUACACACAUGUAUUGAUUUUUAUGUACAUUCUAUAUUCUUUUGUCUUCAUAGGCUUUACGUUUUACAAAUGGUACUUUAUGCUAUUGAUUUUGCCUAUCCAUAUAAAAAGUAAGCUUGUUUAAUUCGAUUACUAACUCAUUAUUUUCGAAAUUUGCACAGUUACCUACAGUUGGAUGCACUUGGAAUUUUUGAACUGUUGGAUAUGGAGGUUACAUCUGUAACAUUCACAAAAAACCAGUGAGUAGGCUAUUUGCAUUUUAGUGCCUCUAUUGUCCAACAUUUCACAGCAUAUAUUAAUGCUGUUGGACACUUAUGUCCCCAACCUCAUUAGGAGGUUUGGCGAAAUGUGACAAAGGUAUCAACUGAUUUAAAAUUUUUAGACAAACUGUGGCAGAUAUUUCCAUUUUUUUUUUUCAGUAAAUAAGUUAUGUUUAAAGAAUAUUUAUAGUUUUAUCUUGCUUUUAAAUCAGAGCAAACGCUCUCCUAUUUUGUAGCUUUCUUAAAUGCAUUGAAAACCAGCUUCAUUUUUAAUGAAAAAAAGGGAAAACUUUUGCCCACACAUUAAAAGAUUCAUAAUAUCAAUACUUAAUUUCUUUUGUUAAAUAUGUUGAAAUCACAAAGAAAUCUCUCAUAAACUUGAGGACAUUUGUAUUAUUUGAUAAUUAUUUCAUCAAAGCAUUUGUAAUUUGAUAUGAUUGAAUAAAACUUCUAACAUAGC